UCUCUUCCAUAUGUAACAAACAAAAUUUUCAAAACCCAAAGGACAAAGGUAAGGAAGAAAAUGCAGAGGCUUCUUUUUCUGAAGCAAGCCUCAUCAAGCUUCUCCAAAGCACUGACGAAAACAUCUUCCUUGUCUUCACUUCUCCAUUCUUUUCCUUACAAAACCUUCUCUUCCAUUGCUAAACCAACCGUCGACAACCAGUUUCUGAACUCUUCAUUUUCACACCCAUUUCACCACCAUUCUUUUCCAUGGCGAUCACAGCUAAGUCUUACAGGGGAAAUUCGAGGGUUUCUCUCGUACCCAGUAGUUGCAAAGCGAUUUUGGUUGAAUUUCUCAAGUAUCCAUCUCAAAACUUCUGGCAAAAGUCUCCUGGGUUGCAGAGUUUGGUUUCUUAGACCGCAGAUUCCCAGAGGAAGAUUUGAUUUUGGUCUUCAAACGAGUCGAUGGAGAUUAUGGUUCCAGCGAUUGACAGCAAGUGACAUGGUUUUGGGCUUGAUUAUAACUAAUGUUGCUGUUUUUUUAUUAUGGCGGAUUGCAGAUAGAAAAUUUAUGAUGAAUAACUUCAUGGUUUCAUUGGACAAUUUUAAAAGUGGACGCUUGCAUACACUGAUCACUUCAGCUUUCAGUCAUAUUGAUAUUGAGCAUAUUAUCUCUAACAUGAUUGGACUUUAUUUCUUUGGAUCAAAUAUUGGAAGAAUCUUUGGACCUGAAUAUUUGCUGAAGUUGUAUCUAGCUGGGGCAAUUGGUGGUUCAGUGUUUUACUUGGUGCACCAUGCAUUUUUGGCAUUAUCAUCAAAGGGACAUGCCAUGUGGAUGAUGGACCCUUCAAAGACGCCAGGAUUGGGGGCAAGUGGGGCUGUUAAUGCUAUUAUGCUGCUUGAUAUAUUUCUCAAUCCAAAAGCUACUCUUUAUUUUGAUUUCAUCAUACCAGUUCCUGCCAUGUUACUGGGCAUCUUUUUAAUUGGGAAAGAUGUAUUGAGGAUAAUAGAGGGAAAUAGCCAUAUUUCAGGAUCAGCUCACUUGGGAGGUGCUGCAGUUGCGGCUAUAGCAUGGGCUCGACUUAGAAGGGGGCGCUUCUAAAUUGAAUAGGGACCUGCGAACUACCAAUUGCUGAUUUUGUUAAAUAAUUGUGAUAUUUGUUGCUAGCUACCAAUUGCUGAAUUUGUUAACUGCUCGUGAUAAGCGCUCCAGCAUGAUUAUCUCAUUUCUUGUACGAGCUCAAGCAUCUUUUGUAGGCCACAUGCUCAAUCUAGUUGCUUGUCUCUAUGUUAUAAUGGGAUGUUGGCUGUUAAUGCAUAAUUCAAUUGAAUUUUCUUCAUCUAGUUUCCUGCGACAUAGUGGUGGUGGAAAAAAGAGACUUGUAUUUACUUGCAGUGAGACGAUGUUGCUUGUGAUUGCUGGGUCCAUAAAGUUAUCAUGCGAAAUGAUUUUAUUGUCUU